CCCAUAGGUUUUGCGUGUGCACGCUCGAGCAGCUAUCGAAUUUCGCCGUUUAUUUCGCGAAGAAGUAUCGUUCGGGAAAACAAUUUAGUGGAAAAUGGUACGUUACUGUUCCGUGCCUCAGUGCAACACUUACUGCACCGAGGAGGGAGUUAGUUUGCAUCGAUACCCGACAGACAGUGCCUUGCGGAAGGUAUGGCUCCACAGCUUAAGGACCGCAAAGGUGCCGUCAAUACACGCAGUUGUCUGCUCGAAGCAUUUCGUCACCGAAGACUUCAAGUCAGUAAAGUACGACAACCGAGUACACAAAUAUAAGAAGCUAAAGAAAGCUGCAAUACCAUCCCAGAACUUGCCGAAGCGCACUCACGAGAAGGAGAAAUGCCGCCGCAAGCCACCAGCUGUGAGAGCCACAAGGAACGCAGCAUUGCCAUCUCAUGGAAACACUCGAACUGAUGAUGAACCAGCGUCCGCAGGGGCACAACAUGGGACCACGUUGACACCACCCCUGAUUGCUCUUCCUGAUGCUUCUAAGUACAAGACACAUGACGACCAAGAGUUGGUGCAGGCACCGGAGCUAGAUAUAUCAGGACCCCACAUAGACGCCGAUGCAUACGAAGAGGAGCCAUCCAUGGACGUGCUCCAUCAGUUUGCAGAGAUUGUCGGAGCCCAUGUUGGUACACUAAGAGACGGCAUGGUUCAAGUGGAUACACUUGUCAAAGAGAAGAGGCCCCUGCUGUCCAUGUCUGUCAUCCAGUCAGAUGAACAAGUACGCAUCUUGACUGGUAUAACGAGCCUGCAACUGAUAAGGAACAUAAUUGCAGAAUUCACGGAUAUACGAGAGCAAGUAUCUCCACGAGGUUACAGCCUAGAUGACGCAGACGCAGUAUUGAUGGUCAUGGUGAAGCUGUACUACAACAUUAAUUUCAGCUUUCUCUCCGUACUGUUCUCCAUUCACAGGACAACAGUGUCAAACCUUUUGAAGUGCUGUGUAUGCAUUCUGUCGAGAGUGUUGGGAGAAGCAGUCUUCUUUACAUCAAAAGAGUCUGUCCUUGACAACCUGACCGUUUACUUUUCACCAUUCAAAAACACGCGAGUCGUAUUGGAUUGUACUGAGAUCACACUAGAGAGACCAGGUGACUUAGCGUCACGCAUUUUGACUUACAGUCAUUACAUGAAGAACUACACCGCAAAGGUGCUAGUUGGUUGUGCACCAAGUGGAAUGAUAACGUUUGUUGGCACCGCUUUUGGUGGGCGUACGUCAGAUUCCUUCCUGACAAAGGAGUCUGCCAUCCUUGAUCAGUGUAUGCCAUAUGUUGAUCAUGUGAUGGUAGACAAAGGUUUCCUAAUUGAAAGUCUGUGCGAUGAUGCUCGCGUUAGGAUGGAUCGCCCUCCAUUUUUACGAAAAAAGCGGCAAAUGGAGAGCUCUGAUGCACUUAAGAAUGAGCAAAUCGCAAGGGCACGUGUGCAUGUGGACCGUGCCAUCCAAAGGCUCAAAGCCUUCAAGGUUUUGCAACAAAAGUUUCCGACACAGCUACUUCCUGUUCUUGACCACACUGUCAAGCUUCUCGCAGGCUUGACAAACCUGUCAAAACCAAUUCUUUCCUCUGAUAAGUUUUUGUAAUCAUGUACAAAGAACUCUACUGUAAAUAACCCUAAUGAAGAUGACUAAUCCAAGCAUUUAGAGUCAACAUGUUUACAAAGAAAAAUUCCACACAGCCAAAUAUUUACACCACACAAUGGCACC